AGGCCCUCUCAGCUGCAGGUCUGGGUCCUGGACCUCAGCAGCCUCGCUCCAGCGGGCUCCUCCCCAGUCCUGUGCUGCUUCCCGACGGUGGCUCUUCCUGACGAGAGCCUUCGGAGUGCGGUUGCUGAGGAGAAGCCGUCGCUACCCCGCCUCGGGGUUGAGUGAGGGUGCCUGUCGCGCCGCGUCGCCCCCUGCGCCGCCUCCUUGCCCCCAGUGGCGGACGCCCUUCUCACUCGAAGCACUCCCCCCAGCUCCAUGAAUGGAAAUCGGCUCCGCAGGACCCGUUGGGGCCCAGCCCCUACUAAUGGUGCCCAGAAGACCUGGCUAUGGCACCAUGGGCAAACCUAUUAAAUUGCUGGCUAACUGUUUUCAAGUUGAAAUCCCAAAGAUUGAUGUCUACCUCUAUGAGGUAGAUAUUAAACCAGACAAGUGUCCUAGGAGAGUGAACAGGGAAGUUGUUGACUCAAUGGUUCAGCAUUUUAAAGUAACUAUAUUUGGGGACCGAAGACCAGUUUAUGAUGGAAAAAGAAGUCUUUACACAGCCAAUCCACUUCCUGUGGCAACUACUGGGGUAGAUUUAGAUGUUACUUUACCUGGGGAAGGUGGAAAAGAUCGGCCUUUCAAGGUGUCAAUCAAAUUUGUGUCUCGGGUGAGUUGGCACCUACUACAUGAAGUACUGACAGGACGGACCUUGCCUGAGCCACUGGAAUUAGACAAGCCAAUCAGCACUAAUCCUGUCCAUGCCGUUGAUGUGGUGCUACGACAUCUGCCCUCCAUGAAAUAUACGCCUGUGGGGCGUUCGUUUUUCUCAGCUCCAGAAGGAUAUGACCACCCUCUGGGAGGGGGCAGGGAAGUAUGGUUUGGAUUCCAUCAAUCGGUUCGGCCUGCCAUGUGGAAAAUGAUGCUUAAUAUUGAUGUUUCUGCCACUGCCUUCUACAAAGCACAACCUGUAAUUCAAUUCAUGUGUGAAGUUCUUGACAUUCAUAAUAUUGAUGAGCAACCAAGACCUCUGACUGAUUCUCAUCGGGUAAAAUUCACCAAAGAGAUAAAAGGUCUGAAGGUUGAAGUGACUCAUUGUGGCACAAUGAGGCGGAAAUAUCGUGUUUGUAACGUAACAAGAAGGCCUGCCAGUCAUCAAACCUUUCCUUUACAGUUAGAAAAUGGCCAAACUGUGGAGAGAACAGUUGCGCAGUAUUUCAGAGAAAAGUAUACUCUUCAGCUGAAGUACCCACACCUUCCCUGUCUGCAAGUGGGGCAGGAGCAGAAACAUACCUAUCUGCCGCUAGAAGUCUGUAAUAUUGUGGCAGGGCAACGAUGUAUCAAGAAGUUAACGGACAAUCAGACUUCUACUAUGAUCAAAGCAACAGCAAGAUCUGCGCCAGAUAGACAAGAGGAAAUUAGCAGAUUGGUAAGAAGUGCAAAUUAUGAAACAGAUCCAUUUGUUCAGGAAUUUCAAUUUAAAGUUCGAGAUGAAAUGGCCCAUGUAACCGGACGAGUACUUCCAGCACCUAUGCUCCAAUAUGGAGGACGGAAUCGGACAGUAGCAACACCAAGCCACGGAGUAUGGGACAUGCGAGGGAAACAAUUCCACACAGGAGUUGAAAUCAAAAUGUGGGCUAUAGCUUGUUUUGCCACACAGAGGCAGUGCAGAGAAGAAAUAUUAAAGGGUUUCACGGACCAACUGCGUAAGAUUUCUAAAGAUGCAGGAAUGCCCAUCCAGGGCCAGCCUUGCUUCUGCAAAUAUGCGCAGGGGGCAGACAGCGUGGAGCCCAUGUUCCGGCAUCUCAAGAACACCUACUCUGGCCUCCAGCUCAUUAUCGUCAUCUUGCCGGGGAAGACACCGGUAUAUGCGGAGGUGAAACGUGUAGGAGAUACGCUUUUGGGUAUGGCUACACAGUGUGUUCAAGUCAAGAAUGUAAUAAAAACAUCCCCUCAAACUCUCUCAAACCUGUGCCUAAAGAUAAAUGUUAAACUUGGAGGGAUCAAUAAUAUUCUUGUACCUCAUCAAAGACCUUCUGUGUUCCAGCAACCAGUGAUCUUUUUGGGAGCAGAUGUCACUCAUCCACCAGCUGGUGAUGGGAAGAAGCCUUCUAUUGCUGCUGUUGUAGGUAGUAUGGAUGCCCACCCAAGCAGAUACUGCGCUACAGUAAGAGUUCAGAGACCCCGACAGGAGAUCAUCCAGGACUUAGCCUCCAUGGUCCGAGAACUUCUCAUUCAGUUUUAUAAGUCAACUCGGUUCAAACCUACUCGUAUCAUCUUUUAUCGGGAUGGUGUUUCAGAGGGACAGUUUAGGCAGGUAUUAUAUUAUGAGCUACUAGCAAUUCGAGAAGCCUGCAUCAGUUUGGAGAAAGACUAUCAACCUGGAAUAACCUAUAUUGUAGUUCAGAAGAGACAUCACACGCGAUUAUUUUGUGCUGAUAGGACAGAAAGGGUCGGAAGAAGUGGCAACAUCCCAGCUGGAACAACAGUUGAUACAGACAUUACACACCCAUAUGAGUUCGAUUUUUACCUCUGUAGCCAUGCUGGAAUACAGGGUACCAGCCGUCCUUCACACUAUCAUGUUUUGUGGGAUGAUAACUGCUUUACUGCAGAUGAACUUCAGCUGCUAACUUACCAGCUCUGCCACACUUAUGUGCGCUGUACACGAUCUGUUUCUAUACCUGCACCAGCGUAUUAUGCUCACCUGGUGGCAUUUAGAGCCAGAUAUCAUCUCGUGGACAAAGAACAUGACAGUGCUGAAGGAAGUCACGUUUCAGGACAGAGCAAUGGGCGAGAUCCACAAGCUCUUGCCAAGGCUGUACAGAUUCACCAAGAUACCUUACGCACAAUGUACUUUGCUUAAAAAGGCCAAGAAUAUUCUCUGAGAGGAAGAACUGAAAGAUGAAUCGACAUACAACGUAUGUUUCCAGUGGAGUAAUUGAGUGGGGAUGCCUCCAGCUAUACAGAAACCAACACUGUGUGGGGGCCAGGGUCUGAUCUUUAUGUUGAUACAAGGAAGAUUGUUUACUUCAUCAAGGAACACAGCACCAUUAUGCAAUAUGAAACCAGCCAACUGCUUUUUUUUGUGCGGUCUCCUGUAGGAAGUAUCGCAGUUGUUUUGUUUUCACUUUCUUGUAGUCUAACCCUUUUAAUGCCUUUACCUCAAGUUGCUUGGCAGCACAAUUAUCUUUGCAAAAAAAGUAAAGAAAAAGAAAAUGAUGGUUUAAAAAAAUACACCUACAUGAAUAAUCAAAGUGAUUGUUCACAAUUAUGUGUGCAAAAAAAAUGUGCAUUCAUCUAUUCUUGUAAAAGGUAUCUGUGUAUAUUUUAAAUAUAUACAUGCAUACUUCAUAUGCAUAUAUAUCUGGAUCUACAUUGAUAAUAGAUAUAUAUGUGUCUCUGUAUAUAUUUUAUAGUUCAUUCCAUUGGGGAACUUUCCUUCCCUCUUAUUAUCCCCACACCACCACUUUUAUUUCUCUCUCUACCUCCCUUGCCUUCAUCACCUACAUUUUUUUUCCUAAUGCUACCAGUGACAUUCAAAUGUUCAUGUAUCUGGUUCAUUUGAAUAUGAAGCAUGACAAACUAGAUUUUAAUUUUUAUUUUGCACACCCUACUCCUGUGUCUUGUCUCAUACACAAUUCUGAAUCCUCAACUCUUGAUAGUGCUUUCUUAAGAAACAGAAUUAUUUUAUAUAUACAUUUGUUUUUGUGAGAGUAUGUGUCUGCCCCCUCCUGCUCUGAACUUACAUUUGCCAUUUGUGCAAUGUGUACAUAAGCAGUAGCAACCUAAACUAUUCUUUUUCUUUAGUGAGUUUGUUAAAGCUGCUGUAAGUAUAAAACCUUGUCAGAAGUUGUAACUCUUUCUCUCUAUAAGUGAUAUGUAUUCUAAAGCCUUCUGUUUCUAUGGAUUAUACAUGGAAAUCCCUUAAAGCUUUUAUAAAGGAUAAAUAUUUUGAAUGAUUGGAACUCUGUAGGGUUGAAGCCUCUGAAAUUGGAUGGAGGGGGAGUUGUUGAAGUUUUUAAAAAAAUUUUUUUUGCUAGUUUACUUGCUGCCUCCCAUACCUUAAUGUGAUUUUCAUAUAUAUAUUUUUAUAUAUAUGUGUGUGUAUAUAUAAACAUAUAUGUAUGUGUUUUGAAGUACAGCUUCCUUUUCUUUUAUAUUUAUUAGAAUAGUGCUUUAAUAAUUAUAGAACCAUAUUGGCAACAUCUUUUAUAGAAAUAUAAUCAUGUUUAUUUUAAGAACUGACAACUUGUUUUUGCUAUCUUUUAGUGCAAUAAGCAGUUUUAAUGGAAAGCUGUGUCUGACAUCUUUACCACAGAUAGUGGGAGAAACAGGCACCUCCAUAAUUUUAAAAGGGCAAAGUAAUACAGCCUUAAUUUCAGAAGGAAAGUUUUGUAAUUUUCAAGUUUAAAGCAUGUCUUUUAAAAAUCAUAAUGAAAAUGAAGGAAGUUAAAUUUCCUCAAUGAGUCUGACCUUUAAUGUUAGAAAUAAAGUUGAACUUUGAUUUAAAAAGUGACAGUGAAUAGCUUAAGAUUUAGAAGAUAUUUAAAUUCUUUGAAAAUAGAUCAUGUUUAUUGAAGAAUCAUACUGGUUAGGUGUCCAUUUUCAUGUACUAAAAUCAAUCAGGAAAAUGUAAAAUGAUAUUUUAAAAAUAUUUUUGCUAACAUCACCAGUGUAACUUUCCUUUUAAAAUUAGGGUUAUGGUGACAAAGGAAGUUAGGACUUUGAUCAUUUUAAAUGAGUUAAAUCACUGAAAUAUGGGAAAAAGUUUUACAAAACUUUUGUUUUAUUGACUUCACAUUAAGAUACUAAAAAGUAUUAUAAAGCUGUCAAAACUGAGCUCAUCAGUAACAUUGGAUUCAGGGGAGCUUUGCACUUUGUAACUCAUGAAAAUUGCAUUUUAAUUUUUUAUUUUUUGCACUGGUUCAGAGUAUAGAUAUUACAGAUUGUUUCCAGUGGGCAUUGUUGUUAACCUUUCAGAAUUCCAUCUGCAUGUGAAAACGAAUGGAUUAGCUCUUUAUUUUCUCUCUUACCUAUAAUCCACUCUUAUUGCCAAUUUACUGUAUUUUGAGCCUAAAAUCUGAGCCCGUGUCCUCCAACAGGUAUGAAAUCUUUUGUCCCUCUGCCAGAAAACUAGGAAAGUACUGUAUUUUGUAUGUCUAUUAUACUGAAGUGUCUGAAAUGCAAUUUACAACACUGUUUCAAAGCUCUUUACAUGAGAUAGUAUUGUAUAGUAUAUACAUUUUUUCUCCCAACACUCCCCUCCUCCAAAAUAUUCCUAUAAAGCACGUAUUUUUUUUUUAAUUGAAAUGUCAUUGAAUAUAGUCAGGAACAUGGGCAAGAGGAGAAAAUAGUAUAUCCUAGAUGGUAAAAACUUGAUUGCUCUGUGCUUGCUUGGUAUGAGUACAACAUCUUCCUUUAUGGUUGAGAGGAAGAGUUGCACAAAUUCACACAGGAAACUUUAGGGCCUGGGAAGAACUGUAGAUAACCCUUGCCCUAUUUACUGCUUUACCUAAUUUUCAGUUACCUGGUUUCACAUACGCUAGAGUGAAGCUCAUAAUUUAAAUCUAUUUGGAAAAAAAAAAAAAGAUUUUUUGAAUAUAAAGCUUUACCUUUGAAGUGAGUUCUUUUUUAGGGUUUCUUUCUUACGGUUUCAACAUUGCUAGUUUAAGGUUGGUUAACUUGAAAGAGUAUAUAUAGCAUAUUUCUAUUUUGCUUACUAACAAGUUGGUGUAUCAAACUUAAUUAUGCGAAAUCUUGUGCUUAGAAUUUUACGAUAAAAGUCUAAGUGGCAAAUACUUUUUGAAAUUUGUUUUAAUUAUUAUUGCACUUCUGGUGUCAAAUUCUUGAUCAUUUUAUUUAAAAAAAAAAAGUUUGUUUUGAAUUUAAUAGUCAUGAAACUCAACAGUGACCUUUUUGUUCCUGCCCUUGCUCAUUAACUAUAUAAUGAAUGCUAAAUUUUGGUUUGCUGUUUUCUGUGAUGUAUAAGUGACUUUAAAAUGUCAGUCUCAGCAACUGGUAUAAUUGAUUUUCAUGUGAAGAAGAGUUGGGAGUUAAAUGUAUAUUCUGGACGGCAAAUGUGUCUGUGUAAAGUGCUGAUACAUGUUAUUAUCUUACAGUAUCAAGUUACUGGCAUUGAGGACCAUACGUUUAUAAUACUGUAGCUGCUAUAUUUAUUUAAUUAAGUAGAGUCUGACAGUUACUGCACUAAACAAUAAGGAGAUGAGCAGGAUUCAAGGCUAGUGUUGUAGAUCCCCUUUUUUUGUUCCUAAAUAAGAUUAAGAACGUGAACUAUCAAGGUAACAAUGGGUGCUGCCAUUUUAGUUUCAGUUUAAUAUCAGGAUACUCUUUUUUUUGUUUUGUUUUAUAAAUGUGGAUUUUGACUUUAGCAGUUUUGAAAAAGGGUACCUCAACCUCCUCAGUACUGAUUUUUGGCAUAUUUUCACAGAAGUACAGAUGCCCUUUAUUUUUUCUUAAUAUUUGCCUUUUAACAAGUUUCUCAGAAAAAAUAUUCUUCUAUGGAAAUCUUCCUGUUUAUAACCUAUUAAUUUAUUUUUCUUCCUAGAAGAGAGUCUAGAAGGGAUUCUAGUAGGAAUGUACUGGGUGUUUUGGAAGGCAAUUGAUAAAGAUUCAUCUCCACCUUCUAGCAUAGGGACUCCUAGCCUUCUAAAGACCUAUACUAGUAUUCCAAACUAGAUUCUCUGAUGACCCACCACUGCCUAAUGUUUACUUGUAUAUUCUCUAGUGGAUUUUAGUAUGGCGGGCUUAGUCAUGACAGACUUAAGGAAUGUCUAGGGAAAUAAAAGGUGACUUGCCAUUCAGUAGAAAUGGCUGGCAAGAGGAUCUCAGUGUUUAAAGAAAAGGUGAACACUCAGAGUGCCAGUAAUAGAUC